AUGCCGCCAAGAGAAAUUGAGCCGACUCCGAAUGCCUCUUGGGCUUCGCUUAUAAAUCACGCUAAAAUCACUCGGAAUGAGGUAAGAUUCGGAGAGUUAUUGAAAUAUUUAGAUAUUUUAUUUUUCAACAGUGAAAAUUGUGACAUUUCGGGUUAUUUGUUGAAAUUAUUAUUCUCAAAAUCUUAUUUACACUGUAGAUUUUCUGUUUAAAAAAUAAACAAACAUUUUUAAGAUAAAAAUAUCUAGUGUAAAGUUUCCCCUCAAUUUUUAAUAUUUUCUUUCAGAUAAGAACGGCUCUUCAACAAAAUUUCUGUAAAACAGCAAUUGUCAUGACUAACGAUGGGUGUAAAAUGUAAGGAAUUAUUCAAGUUUUUCAAAAUAAUUUACAUAUUUAUUCAGAUUUUCUCUUGGCAGUACACUAAAUCAAACAAAUCAAACAUUACUAUCAGUUGACAUUCCCAUUCACAUUCUUUCUCCUCAAAAUAAGAGUACAACUCACACUCAGAAUUCAUAUGCAGAAAUUGCUGAACUAAAAUUACAACCUGUUUUCAAGCAAGAUCCAUUCAGGUAACUUAUUUUUGUUUGGGUAAAAUCAGAUGAUAAAACAAAACAUUAAUUUAUAGAGUUACUGCUCCAUCGGCUGAAUUUUCACUUAUGUGCGAACGUCAAAGAUCAAAUGUAGUUAAUGGUUUAACAGAAUAUCAUAUUCAAGAUGGAAAUAUGCUUUUGCUUGCUGGAGAUCAAGUUUAUAAGUUAGUUCGAAAUAUUUUCUUUUCUAUGUAUUUGUUUGCAGAUAUUGUUCAAAUUCGAACGAUUUAACAACAAUUCCAAUUGGAAAAUGUACAUCAACACAAACAAUUCAAAUGGAAGUUGAAACAAUUCAUGGAUGUUCAAAUCAAACACCUCCUCCAACAACAUCAAAUAUGAGACAAUCCGAACCAUCAUCUUCUUCAAACUAUGUUUCUGAUGCGAAAAUCUGUCCAAUUAACAGCAAUUUAAUUGCUUAUGUUUUAAACAAACAAGUAUUUAUCGAACAUAACGGUGAAUUGUUAUUUUCAACAAAAUCAUCUGGCGAACAUAUAUCAAAUGGUGUUCCACCAUAUAUUUGUAUGGAAGAAUUGGAAAGAUUUGAAGGUAUUUGGUGGAGCAAAUCAACUCAAAGAUUAUUAUACGAACAAGUUGAUGAAACAGUUGUUGAAGAAGUUACAUUUGUGAUAAAUGGAAGUAAACCACCAGCACCAAUGAAAUAUCCACGUGCUGGAACUGGAAAUGCAACAAGUACUUUACGAAUGAUUAUAAUCAAUGAUAAAAAUCAAGUGAGUUGGAAUUAAAAAGUAAAGUAAUUUCAAAUUGAUUUUGAAAAUGUUUAGGUCGUCGAUGUUGGUUUGAAAGUCGAUUUGAAAACAAUUUACCCAUCAUUUGAAUAUAUAACAAGAGCUGGUUUCUUUGCUGAUGGAAAAACUGUUUGGGUUCAAUUAAUGAAUCGAUCACAAAGAGAAUGUGUACUUGUAUUGAUUCCAGAAACGGAUUUCAAUAUUCCAAAUGAAGUACUUUUAUAUCAAGACAAAGCAGCAUUUAGUCCAAUAUAUUCCUCAACAAAAUACGUGUCAAACAAUGACUGUGAUUAUGGUACUUGGGUUUCACCUGCUGGUGUGAUUCUUCAAAAUUCAACAAUUGUUCAUAAAGUCACAUCUGAUCAUUGGGUUAAUGUUAACAAUGCAAUUGUUCCACUAUCUUUCGACAAUGUUCAAAAUCCAAUUUAUCGAUUCACUUAUUGUAUUGAACAACCAUUUGGAAGUCAAUUAAAUUUGAUUAGCGCCAAAAUCGAUCGAACUGGAAGUAUUGAAAAUCAUGUACAACCAUUGAUGGAAGCUGAUCAUUCAAUUUGUAAAUCAAUUCAAGUAAAAGUUGAUGAAAAAAGAAAAUUGGUUUAUUAUGUUGCAAAUGAAUCUCAUCCGACAGAAUGGAAUGUGUAAGUUUUUAAAUUAAAAUUCAGGAGAAUGAGUUAAAAUUUCAAAAAAAAAAUAUAAUAAUUACAGAUGUGUUUCGAGUUAUGCUUCUCAAACAAUUAAUUCCAAACGUUUAACCGAAAAGGGAUUAUCAUUUCGAUAUGAAAGAUCAAAUUCGAAUCUCGCCGUUGAUUUUGAUAUUGGAUUUGUAUGUUGGAUUACUUCUUGCAAAAAACCACAUGCAUGUAGAUUUUACGCGUUUCGUUAUAAUAAAAAUCAUAAUGGAGUAUGUUUGCCUGAUGCGACUUAUGUUGCUGAAAUUUCGAUUCCUGGAUCACCGGAUCCACGUGCACUUGUUCCACGAGAACAACCUGAAAUACAUGCUUAUUCAUCACCAAUAACAGGAGUUACUCACUAUGCAAUGGUUUUGAAACCAGAUAAUUUUAAUGCUAACAAGAAAUAUCCAGUUUUACAUUAUGUUUAUGGUGGCCCUGGAAUCCAAAUUGUUCACAACGAUUUUUUAACGUUUGUUAUUCAAUUUUUGAUUUAAUUAGUUUAAUAUCAUAUUUUUCAGAUGGGUUCCAUUUAUCAAAUAUACAAGACUUGGAUAUAUUGUUGUAAUGAUUGAUAAUCGUGGAUCAGCAAAUCGUGGAGAGGAUUUUGAAAAACAAAUUAGUAUGACAUUAGGAAGUGUCGAAUUAACAGAUCAAAUAGAAGGAAUUACUAUUUUGAAUGAAUUAAUUGGUAAUUGCAUGGAUAUGGAUCGAGUUAUAGUUCACGGUUGGUCGUAUGGUGGAUAUAUGGCAUUGCUUAUGUUAGCUCAUCAUCCAGAAAUUUAUAAAGGAGCUAUUGCUGGUGGAGCUGUUACCGAUUGGAAAUUUUAUGAUACCGCUUAUACUGAAAGGUAAUUAUUUCAAAGUUUGCUGCUUACCUUUAAUUUUUUAAAUUUUUACCGUAGAUCAAAAGAAUCUUCAUCUUGUUUUUUGUUUUUUGUUAGACUGAUAUGACAUUCUGCGAUUUUAUUUUUCAAUAAUUAAUUGAAAGCCUGUUUUUCACACCUAAUUAGACAUUGAAUUAAUUUUGUUGACAUAUAUUAAUUAAUUAAUUGAUAAAAAUUAAAACCUGUUAAAAAAAAUAAAUUUUUCUAGAUAUAUGGGAUAUCCAGUCCAUGAUCCAUUGUAUUAUCAAAGUUCAAUUCUUCGUCUUGUCGAUCGAUUGCCAAAUGAGUAAGUUCGCAAAAAAAUAUUUGAGAUUUUAAAAUGCUGAAUGUUGAUUUUUUCAGACCUAAUCGAUUGAUGAUUAUUCAUGGUCUUUUGGAUGAAAAUGUUCACUUUUCACAUUGCUCGCAAUUGAUUGAUUUUUGUAAUCAUCGUGGUAAAGCAUAUGAUCUUUUGGUAAGUUUAACAUUUUUUAUUUCACAAAUUUUUUGUUUUGUUUUAAAAUCUACGUCACUUUGAAAAAACAUCUAAAAAUCGAGCGAAUUUCACUGAAUAGUGAUUUUUGCAAAUAAAAUAAUACAUUUUCAAAAAGUUCCAACCUUUCAUUUAUAUUCCAAUUUAAUUUUUCAGAUUUUCCCUCACGAAAGACACGGAAUUCGAAACGCAGAAUCAGCUGCGUAUAUGGAUGCCAGAAUGAUGUUUUUCAUGCAAAAGUCCUUAAAUGAACCUGAACCGUCUGAAUGGUAG